GUGAUAUUACAGCUCUGUUUCUCUGUCUUCAACCAACAACCCGAAUUUUGUUGUGAUACGCGAACCAGUGCCCGAAUUCAACCACCGAAAUUUGAAUAACUUGGACCUAGCCACCCAUCGAUAUCGAUAUCAGAUAGCCCCAAGAGGCGCGAAAGACAAGAUGGCGUCGGCUCGUGGACUCACCGCUGUUGGAGUCCCUCCAUUUCCAUCAUGGAUCCUUUACAUUCGGAUCGCCAUCGUCGUGCUGUCACUUGUUCUUCUGGGGGUUGCGGCGUGGGCUGUCUCGAUGUUUGCCGGAGGAGGGUCUGCGGCUUAUGGAUAUACGGGCGCUAGUGGGAUGAUGAUCUUUGUGACUAUUUGGAGUCUUGUUGUUUACGGCGGCUCCCUCGGGUUCCAGUUUGGAGCGCCACACCUCUUCUAUCGCAUCAUCGGUCUUAUUCUUUACAGUCUCGCAGUGAUCUUCUGGCUUGUGGGCUGGGCGUAUGCGGCUAGCGAGGCAGCUGUCGCGCUCGACUGGUCUGGCGGUUACUAUGGUGCAGUUCAUGACUAUGGCUCGGCUAUGGCUGUGUGCGCUGGUCUAGGUGCCGUUGCCUGGGUCCUGUCAAUCAUCGAUCUUGUCUUCUUCAUCCUCGCUUGCGUUCGCGAAGCUACGACGCCAAAGCUCAGCCAGGCCGAACUUGGACAAGUACAGCCAACCGCCUCCGUUGCGCCCGCCACUGCUAAUGAGCUUCCUCCGCAACCGGCAUAUUCGCAGCAGCCCUAUGCGACACCAUAGAUGGACGAUUUUGGACACUUGUAUAGAAUACUAGCUUAUGGGACUUAAGACUUGUCACCGGGUACUACGUUGUUCUCACAGGGGAUGGCUUGAUGGCUAUUCGCUCGCUGUGGCAACUGGGGCGUUGAAUUGGGGUGCCUUGGAAGAAAGCGGUUCGAUCGGAGUUUGGUGAAAGAGGAAUCACCAAGAAGGUUCCCUCUUUCUAUUGUCAGUUUCU